CGCGCCCGCCCCAGGCCCCAGGCCCCAGGCCCCUCCGGUCCAGUCCGCGAGCCGCGGCCGCCGCCAGCCAUGAGCUCCACGCAGUUCAACAAGGGGCCUUCGUACGGGCUCUCGGCAGAGGUCAAGAACCGGCUCCUGUCUAAAUAUGACCCUCAGAGGGAGGUGGAGCUCCGAAGCUGGAUCGAAGAGCUCACAGGCCUCUCUAUUGGCCCCGACUUCCAGAAGGGCCUGAAGGAUGGAAUUAUCUUAUGCACACUCAUGAAUAAACUGCAGCCAGGCUCCGUCCCCAAGAUCAACCGCUCCAUGCAGAACUGGCACCAGCUAGAAAAUCUCUCCAACUUCAUCAAGGCCAUGGUCAGCUAUGGCAUGAACCCUGUGGACCUGUUCGAGGCCAACGACCUGUUUGAGAGUGGGAACAUGACCCAGGUGCAGGUGUCUCUUCUUGCCCUGGCAGGGAAGGCCAAGACAAAGGGUCUGCAGAGCGGCGUGGACAUUGGCGUCAAAUACUCGGAGAGGCAGGAGCGGAACUUUGACGACGCCACCAUGAAAGCGGGCCAGUGCGUCAUUGGGCUUCAGAUGGGCACCAACAAAUGUGCCAGCCAGUCGGGCAUGACAGCCUAUGGUAUGAGACGACACCUCUAUGACCCCAAGAACCACAUCCUGCCCCCCAUGGACCAUUCCACCAUCAGCCUCCAGAUGGGUACCAACAAGUGUGCCAGCCAGGUGGGCAUGACUGCCCCAGGGACCCGGCGGCACAUCUAUGACACCAAGCUGGGCACUGACAAGUGUGACAACUCCUCCAUGUCCCUGCAGAUGGGUUACACGCAGGGCGCCAACCAGAGCGGCCAGGUCUUUGGCCUGGGCCGGCAGAUCUAUGACCCCAAGUACUGUCCACAAGGCCCAGCGGCUGAUGGGGCUCCGGCGGGUGCCAGCGACUGCCCAGGCCCUGGGGAGGCCCCUGAGAUCCCCCCCUACUACCAGCAGGAGGCGGACUACUGAGGCGCUGCGCGUGAAGUCCCCCUGCAUCAUCACCUCCUCUGGGUUUUUGUGUGUUUUCCUCCUGUUUUUCUACAUGUUGGAUCGCUGCCAGCUGAGGGUCUGUGGGUGGCUGGGGGGGAGUGGGUAGGGGUGUGGUUCCCUCCCUCCCUUGGAUCCUUGGCAGAACUGAGCCACAGGCUGGGGGGGAGGGGAGGGGGGUUGGAGGAGUGGUCCCUGGCAAGGUACAGUCAGCUGCCCUGUCUCAGCUGGCCUGACCCUGAGCUGUGUGGGGGAAGGGGAGCCAGCCCCCAAUGGUUUCCGGUUGCAUCUCCCUCCCUUCCCUUUUCUCUGAAGAUCAGUUUGUGGUUUCUGUGACCACAGAACUUCAGGCAGUUUUUAAAGAAAGAAAAACACUUUUUUUUUCCCCCUCCAGGGGAAUGGUAGAAGGAGGGUGCUGGGAAAUGGAUCUCCAGGGAGAGGGCCUGGCCACCAGCCUGGAAUGUUUCCAGCAUCCUGACAGUCUAGGUUUCCCAGGAUCCUCAGAAAGCCAACUGUGACCCCACCUAGGACCCCUCAAUGGGGAAACUGAGGCCUAGACAGGACAAUGAAGUUCUGAGUUGUUGAGGCAAAGCCAGAUCCCCCAUGCUUGCCCCCACCCAACCCUUGGACCUUGGUUGGUUUCAGAUGUCACUGGGUGGCCCGUCCAGACUACCCAUCUCCCUGCCUUGCCCCCUUCUGAGAACUGCACAGGGUCCCCACUCAAGCUCUUCUUGAGACCAGCCCCCACCAGGAGCCCCGGGACCAUGAAAUAAUGUGAAAUACUGAUCGUGGACCAAAUUGCAAUAAAAACCUCUGUUUUUAGGAAAAGAA